GCAGGGUCAGGAGAGUUUUACGAUAAUCAUAAUAAAAAAAAAGAGUAAGAAUUGGAUUUGGAGAUAAAAAUAAAAAGUGGGAAAAUAAUUAGAUUUGGAUAUGGGGUAAAAGAAGAUGCAGGGUUGUACGGUGUCGAGUGAUGGUUGUACAUUUACCAAGUUGGGCAUUCCGAAGAUCUCGUUAUUCCGCCGUCGCAGUGUUUAGUCUACGAUACCUUGUCGGAGUCUUCACACACUACGCCCAAAUCCAAUCAUUUAUACAGCUACUAUAAAAACACCCAAACAAUUUCGCUAUAAUUUUUAUACAAAUUUCCUCCUCUUUUCCUUCAUCUUUUUUCUAUAUGUAUAUUUUGUAGAGAGAGAGAGAGAAGUGCGCGAUUGGAUUGCCUCUUCUCCAAUUGAAUUCCUCGCCGCCGCUUCCUGGAUACAGAGAUUAUAUUAUCCGGGCGAAAAUUUUGAAGGAUCGGAGUUAGGGCUUCCUUUUUUUUCUCUUCUGGCAGAAUGAAGAUUGAAAAUGCGAAUUGUUGAGGAUUGGAGCUCCGAUCUUAUUGUAAAGCUUCGAAAUUUAGGGUUUUAAGGUAGGAAUGGACGUGGAUGCGGCUAUGGCUACAGAGCCCGAUCACGAUCCGUCGGAGCAGCCCGCCACGGCUAAUGGUGGGGACCAGCUAACGGAAUCCGAUUCUCCGUUGUCUCAUCAUCACCAGCAGCAGCAGCAGAGUAGUAAUAACGAUGAUGAUAACGAUAGCAGUAAUAGUGGUACUGGCGGUGGCGGAGGUGGAGGCGCCGUGGUCCCAGGCCCACGCUGUGCGCCAACUUAUACUGUGGUGACGGCUGUAAUCGAGAAGAAGGAGGAUGGUCCUGGGCCGCGGUGCGGCCAUACCCUGACAGCAGUACCUGCCGUUGGGGAGGAGGGGACUCCUGGAUAUAUAGGCCCCAGAUUAAUUCUUUUCGGAGGAGCCACAGCACUUGAAGGGAAUUCUGGCGCAUCAGGAACUCCCUCGUCAGCCGGAAGUGCGGGAAUUCGGUUGGCAGGUGCCACUGCUGAUGUGCACUGUUAUGAUGUUUUGACAAAUAAGUGGUCUCGAAUUACUCCAAUUGGAGAACCACCCACACCUAGGGCAGCUCAUGUGGCAACUACUGUAGGUACCAUGGUUGUUAUCCAGGGUGGGAUUGGUCCAGCAGGUUUGUCUGCAGAAGAUCUUCAUGUUCUGGACCUUACACAACAACGCCCGAGAUGGCAUAGGGUUGUGGUUCAAGGUCCUGGGCCGGGGCCUCGCUAUGGCCAUGUCAUGGCUUUGGUUGGACAAAGAUAUCUUAUGGCAAUUGGCGGAAAUGAUGGAAAACGGCCUUUGGCUGAUGUAUGGGCUCUGGACACUGCUGCAAAGCCUUAUGAAUGGCGGAAACUGGAACCAGAGGGUGAAGGUCCGCCACCUUGCAUGUAUGCUACCGCAAGUGCACGCUCUGAUGGUCUUCUUCUGCUUUGUGGUGGGAGGGAUGCGAAUAGUGUGCCGCUUUCUAGUGCAUAUGGGCUUGCCAAACAUAGAGAUGGUCGCUGGGAAUGGGCCAUUGCUCCUGGUGUUUCUCCAUCUCCAAGAUACCAACAUGCAGCUGUUUUUGUUAAUGCACGCCUUCAUGUAUCUGGUGGGGCUCUUGGCGGCGGACGGAUGGUAGAGGACUCGUCAAGCGUGGCUGUUUUGGAUACCGCUGCCGGAGUCUGGUGCGAUACCAAGUCUGUUGUUACUACUCCAAGGACUGGAAGAUACAGUGCUGAUGCUGCUGGUGGGGAUGCAGCAGUUGAAUUGACGAGGCGAUGUAGGCAUGCUGCUUCUGCUGUUGGUGAUUUGAUCUUCAUCUAUGGUGGUUUGCGUGGUGGGGUGCUGCUAGAUGACUUGCUUGUAGCUGAAGAUCUUGCUGCUGCGGAGACAACUAGUGCAGCUUCUCAUGCUGCUGCAGUAGCUGCAUCCAAUAUGCAACAAGGGAGGUUGCAAGGUAGAUAUGGGUUUACUGAGGACAGAAAUGGGGAACCUGCGUCUGAUGCUGCUGCCGAUGGUGCAGUUGUGGUAGGAAAUCCUGUUGCUCCCCCUGUAAAUGGUGAUAUUUAUACAGAUAUAAGCACAGAAAAUGCAAUGCUCCAAGGUUCCCGAAGAUCUAGCAAAGGUGUUGAGUACUUAGUUGAGGCUGCAGCAGCAGAAGCUGAGGCCAUUACUGCUGCAUUAAAAGCUGCCAAAGCUCGACAAGUUAAUGGAGAAGUUGAGUUGCCAGAUAGAGAUCGUGGGGCUGAGGCUACCCCCAGCGGGAAGCAAAUAUCUACUCUGAUCAAGCCUGAUUCUAUGACAAAUAUUUCAGUCCCACCUGGAGUUAGGCUUCAUCACCGAGCAGUGGUUGUAGCUGCAGAGACUGGUGGUGCUUUAGGUGGUAUGGUCAGGCAGCUUUCAAUUGAUCAGUUUGAAAAUGAAGGCAGGCGUGUCAGUUAUGGAACUCCAGAAAGUGCAACAGCUGCUAGAAAACUUUUAGAUCGGCAAAUGUCAAUUAACAGUGUACCAAAGAAGGUGAUUGCUCAUCUUUUGAAACCCCGUGGAUGGAAACCUCCAGUUUGCAGACAAUUUUUCUUGGACUGCAAUGAGAUUGCAGAUCUUUGUGAUAGUGCUGAAAGGAUAUUUGCAAGCGAACCUAGUGUACUGCAGCUGAAGGCCCCUAUUAAGAUAUUCGGUGAUUUGCAUGGCCAAUUUGGGGAUCUAAUGCGACUUUUUGAUGAGUAUGGAUCACCUUCGACUGCUGGAGACAUAGCAUAUAUUGAUUAUCUGUUUCUGGGAGAUUAUGUUGAUCGUGGCCAACAUAGUCUGGAAACCAUAACUCUUCUCCUAGCAAUGAAGGUUGAGCAUCCCCAUCAAAUACAUUUAAUUCGUGGCAACCAUGAAGCUGCAGAUAUUAAUGCGCUGUUUGGCUUUAGGAUCGAGUGCAUUGAGCGGAUGGGUGAGAGAGAUGGAAUAUGGGCAUGGCAUCGGAUAAACAGACUGUUCAACUGGCUUCCUCUGGCUGCUCUGAUCGAGAAAAAAAUCAUUUGCAUGCAUGGUGGUAUUGGGAGAUCAAUAAACCAUGUAGAACAGAUUGAGAGCAUUCAACGUCCAAUUGCAAUGGAAGCGGGAUCUAUAGUUCUUAUGGACUUGUUAUGGUCUGAUCCCACUGAAAAUGACAGUGUUGAAGGGCUGCGGCCAAAUGCUAGAGGUCCUGGGUUGGUAACCUUUGGGCCCGAUCGUGUUAUGGAGUUUUGUAAUAACAAUGAUCUUCAGUUAAUUGUUAGAGCACAUGAAUGUGUGAUGGAUGGAUUUGAAAGAUUUGCUCAGGGGCAUUUAAUCACCCUUUUUUCGGCAACAAACUACUGUGGUACUGCAAAUAAUGCCGGUGCUAUCUUGGUUUUGGGUAGAGAUUUAGUGGUUGUACCUAAACUAAUCCAUCCUUUGCCACCUGCAAUUUCAUCUCCUGAAACAUCUCCCGAACGCCAGAUAGAAGACACGUGGAUGCAGGAGCUCAACGCCAACAGACCACCGACACCAACCAGAGGCCGCCCUCAAGUUGCUAACGACCGAGGUUCUCUCGCUUGGAUUUAGGUUCCACUUGCAGAAUGUUUUCUUACUCUUCUUCUAAGCUCAUGCUAACACCUGGGAUUUCCAGUGGUCUGUACAUAGCAUGAUACCUUAAUGGAGAACUCUCUCACGAGCUUCUGGAAUCUUCUACAUUUUGAGAAGGACUUCACAAGAUGGCUGGAGAAGUCGGCGCUGCAAGUUGUGUGCUUGGCGGUGAUGCAGGCAAAUCGGGUGCCAGAACGACCUUCUCUGGCGUGCAAGUCGAGCGGUAGAGGUCACUGUGAUAGCUGCUCAGUCUGGUUACUCGUUAGCUCUAUUAUUUUUGGUCCAUGUAGAUGUAUUAUCUUAUUUUUUCCCUUUGUGCUUGGUGAGGUAUGAGAUGUUGUCUUCAUGUAAAAUAGAGGGUGUGCUUGCGCUUGCCUUUGUGUAAUUCUUAUUUUUAGUCGAUACCUCUGUUGUGUAAUUACACAAAUAUCAGAUAGAAAGAGCCCUUUUUUGCUUGAUAUUUGGUUUUCAGAACUAUCAAAAGGAAAUGGGAAAUUGAGCUUCUUGGCCUUUAUGAUA